CUUUCCGCCGCCGCCUCUUCCUGCUCCGGGGUCGGAGGUGACGGGCGACGUGUCCUUCCGUUGCUGGGGAGCGGGGCAGCAGCGACAUGGACCUGGAGGCAAUGAGCCGCUACACGAGCCCGGUGAACCCGGCUGUGUUCCCGCACCUCACCGUGGUGCUGCUGGCCAUCGGCAUGUUCUUCACCGCCUGGUUCUGCAGCUACGAAGUGACCUCCACCAAGUACACACGGGACAUCUACAAGGAGCUACUCAUUUCCCUGGUGGCUUCACUCUUCAUGGGCUUCGGAGUCCUUUUCCUGCUGCUCUGGGUUGGGAUCUACGUGUGAGGCUCAGCCAGGGGGUGUGCCAGAUUCCAGAUGGAAGGCCCCAUAGAAGCUACACCUUUUCUAUUUUUGUACUUUAAGGAUAUGGCCCAUUGCAGACCUGGACUGCUCCUGUCAGAUGAUUGCAGCCAAUGCAACACCUCAAGCCUGAAUAAAGCAAGUUCUGUGAUGUACCAAA